CAAAUCAGAAAACUAACCAGGCCAGUCACAAAACAUAGUGACUUGUUACACUAGCUCAAACAAGUAGAGGAAACACCAGAAUGCUCAAAAUGAAAGAUAUGUAAAGAAAAUACAAUCUGAGACAAAUAUUCAAUUUGCAAAGCAGGAACUACCAGGGGAACACAAAGAAAACAAGCAGGAGCUAACAAGAAAAUACACGUAUAAGUAGAUAUGAAAGAUAUUUAAAAAAAACUCUCACAAAAACUACAGAGGCAGCCGGUAAAAGUGUCUACCCCCACCGUGUUUGGGUUUCAAAUCUGCCGCGUCAGUGCCGGGUUUGUACUGCGGGAGGAGUGUGUUACGUCCUUCUGGCCUGUAGGUGGCGAUUGACUCCCACUUUUGGUCCUAAAACACCGUAGUUGCUUACGUCAUAUAGCCUCUUGUAGAACACCUAAUGAUCAGGUCUUGGGUGGCCUAGUGGUUAACGUGCAUGGACACAAUGUUUUUUUUUGUCCGGGGUUCGAGUCUGAGUGGAAGCAGUUUUUUUAUUUUAAUUAUUGGAAAAACAGCGUCUCAUCAUCAUCAUGUGAUCACGAGAUGACAACGUUGUAUUACUUAGUGCAUGGAUCGCCAAGACCAUGAACCGCUAGUCGCGUUAUAGUAUGAAGUUAUGAACGUAAGUAAAUUAUGGCAAAUUAUGGCAGUUUAAAACCGAAAAUAAGAAGCUGAACGGUGCGCCCUCCCGCGUGCAGCGUUCGAUUUAUGGCAGACAAGCUACUGUAACCCUGAUUUCUCGCUGUUGGUACGGGCAAUUUUCUUUACGUGGAAUGCUUCUUUAAUGCACCACACGGCAAGACAGUACAGCACAUGUACACUUUUUUCUUUACGCCGCUCUCACCCAACGCGCGUCACAUUUUCCUGUCCCCCGUCAACAAGGACAAGUAGGAACUAAUGUUGAUGACAAAUAAAAUCACAGUAGCUGAAAUGUCACGUUUCCCAAACAAAAAAUAAAAAAAAUAAAAAGGAAUACUAACUAAGGUUACACUACUACAAUUUAAAAAAGUGAAUAAGGAUGAUCUAGACCAGUGGUCUGCCACCGGUAACGCCCACGUUUUCAAUGAAAAAAACAAACACUGGGAGCUGCGGAGGGCGGCAAUAUUAUAUUAUUUGAGAACAUUCAACAUUUGUUUUUUAAUCCAAAGAAGACAUAAAAGUCGGGGCUCAGAGAUCUAACCGAUGAUAAAACAUUGUCAAGGCAUCGACAAGGACAGCUAACUCGCUUUUCCCUGCUUCAAACAGCUGUUUUAACUGAGAGCAACCCGUGCGGCAUCACCGGUCAAUCUGGAAACGUAUUAAUUUUUUUUGUAAAUAAAACGCCCACUUUCAUUCAACAGACGGACAUGAAAGAGGGAAUAACGAAAUAAACAGCUGGUUAACUUCGUAGGAACAUGGCUGUAGCUCUGCAAUGACUUUAUGUGGUACAGGUGAAAGGAGUAAUAACGAAAUAAACAGCUGGUUAACUUCGUAGGAACACCUUGUAGAAGGAACUGGUAUAUUUAGAAAACGCAGUAGUCCUAGUGUUAAGGUGUGUGAACUGGGGAGGAGACGGCAGCAGCGACUGAAGAGCGACUGAAUAGAGUUGAUGUCUUCCCCGCUGACAGGCGCAUUCAUUUGAUAAUGCACGACCUUGGAUGACAGUUCAGUUGAAAACCACACUGAAUCUUUAUUAAACCGUCCCUGAAUAACAUCUAUGAACUGCAGUUUCUUCCUUGAUUAUCCAUGAUUAUUAUGAAAGAAGCGCAAAUCUUCGCCAGUCCAAAUUGUGCAAUUAAUACUGUGUUUACAAUAAAGGUAAUAAAUAAUAAUAAUAGUAUUUUCAUUUUAAAAUGCACUGCAUAUUUUAGACGAAUGUCGAAGUGCUACAAAUAACUUAGACCAGAAAGCUACGAUAAAUACAUACGUUUAUUUUUGCAGAGUAAACGUAUGUAGAACAAACUACUUGCUGCAUUAAUGAGUCUUAGACCUGCAGCUGAUCACGCCGCCCGAUGCUGCCCAGUCUCCCACGGAGCUUUGUCCUGAAGCUGAAGUAUUUCUCACCUGCUGAUCGAGUAGCAGCAACACAUUAGCAUGUCUAUGCGCCUCUACGAAGGAGGGGGAGGGGUGUGUAGUUUUCCUUUGCGACUGUGAGCAAACAUGAGACAAACAAAAGCUUGGUCGAACUCAGAUCCAAGUCAUCUGAGUACGAAACACAUCACAUAUCAUUCGAUCUCGUGUUUCAUUCGAGCGGCAGUCUGGAGCUCUCUGCUAAGACUGCUGCCCCGCGACCCGUCCACGGAUGAGCUUCCAUUAAAAAUUAAAAGCAGAGGUUUUUUGUUUUUCGUUUUUCUCUAAACGAAAAAACAGCUUUAAAUUCAAGUCCGUGUGUUUUUGUUAAAAAUAUUUUUGUUCGGUUUAUGGGUUUGUAACGCGGUGCUUUUAUUCAGGAUAGAUAGACGGAUGGGAAAUGAAAGUUUUGAAACAUACACGGGCCGAAUAAGUCACAUCAGCCACUCAUUCAGUUACAAUGACACGCACAGUCAAAACAAAUUCUCGCUACAUCUCGUGCACCACUCCCCCGUUCCUCUCGUAGCCUGCAUUUGCACAUCCAUACAUUUGUGUAUUGGUCACUCUCUGUCUGGACACAUGACUCCGAAACACGUCACGUGUUUGUGUAAGAGGUUGAUGUCUCCACCAAAUUAUAAGCAGAGGUAACGAGAGAACGACUUUUUGUUUUCCGUUUGUCUCUAAACAAUAAAAACAUAUUACCUCCAAUUCCGUGUCUUUUUGUAAAAAAGACAUAUUUUUGCCUGUUUUAUUGGUUUGUAAGGCGGUGCUUUGAUUAAAAUCCGUUUGCCGCUCAACGAAAGAGAAACAAAAACGCCGGUGAAAGUGGCUGGAUGGACGGAUGGGAAAUGAAAAUGUUGAAACGUACACGGGUCGAAUAAGUGCUCUCAGCCACUCAGUUACAAUGACACGCACAGUCAAAACAAGUCAAACUGCAGUUCUGCAGACACAGAGUAAACGCGUAGGAACAAACAUGUUGCUGUAAUGCGUCGCUGUAGGUCUGCUGAUUUCUGGCGUCCUGUCAAAAUUACGAUCGACAACUGCUGUAAAACAAAUUCCUAUGAUUAUUACGGUUAUUUACAUAAAAUCUACGACUAUUGGAAAACAUUCAUUAACAAGUCGUGGAAGUUUAAAACCUAAAUAAGCGGCUGUAGUCGCAGAUGGACUGCGCUCUACGUCUUUACUUGCGCAUUCAAAUUAUAUUAAUUAAACCGCGACGCAUAAUCAUGGUAUUAUGUGAAGUCAAUAUGUUGUAUCGGAUGUUAGAGCGGUGGGUGUGUACAUAUUUUUAAGAGACGCCUUCUAUUUAAAGACACGAAUAAGCUGAGGAGAAUAAAAACAAGAACGUGUUGCUGCUGUGGCGCUGCCUGUUUUAAACCACACAGAACAAUUAUAACUUUGCAGUGAACAUAAAAUAACUAAGCCAUCAACAAGUUGUUGCCCUUCACACUCCCCAUGUUUUAGCACACAACAGAUACUUAAUAGUAAAAUAGGUCUGGUGUAAUAUAUGUGUGUUACAGGUAGAAAUGAACAGUCGGACCUCAGUUACGCUGUAGCGCUUUGGAGGCUUCUAAUGAACGCUGCGCCACCUGGUGGUUAAAACGAGACUAGCGUCCUGAUUUUUUCCAGCCGGCUGCAGGAUUAAAAAUCUUUAGUCAGCGACGCACUCGCUGCGCCGUGGCGACGCGUCGGUACUGCAGUAAAAACCCUAGUCACUUUGAACCGCUGCCACUGUAGUCUCUCUCGGAUGCCUAACAUAAAGCAACACAAAUGUUCAUCAAACACACAUGAAUCCUCACUAACAUACACAUGGAAACUAUGACUUACUGUAAGAACACAUUUACACAUAACUGUAACCCAUACAACACCCAAAUUAUGUUACAAGGUAUUCUCAAACAUACACAAAAGGCUCACUCGUCUUGAGGGACCUACUUAUUCCCAACUGUACUAAAACUUCAAAUCACUAGACCACUGGCCAGCUCAGCUUGAAGCCCUGGCCAGACAAACUAAACAGAAGGCAGGACCCAAAUGCACGACUCAAACAGAACUGAACCUAAUAAUUAAUUUAAUUAAACACAAGACAGAACAAGAAUGUGUAGACAAAUAAUUAACACGGGACAAGAUACUCUCAAAGUUAAAAUCUAAUGCGUACACUGUUAGACAUUUCUGUAAUUUCAACAGUUUUUUAUAAUGCUGUAGAUUGUUUCCAGUGCACCAUUGGAUUUUUUGAUGACAUCACGCAUUGUGUGAAAACUUUUUUUGUUAACCUGUCAUUGAAGUUCAUAAGAAGAAGAAGAACUCUAAGGGCCUUCAUUGCAAACUCGAUGAGGUUGUGGAGAACCACCCUUGAAGCCAAUGGGAAGCCACUUGCCCAAGUAUCCAUCAAAUGUGGCAUAUACCAAAGAGAUGCACUGUCCCCACUGCUGUUCUGCAUAGGUCUGAACACCCUCAGCCAAAUAAUAAACAAGACUGGCUAUGGAUACCGACUCCGGAACGAGGCCACCAUAAGUCACCUCCUCUACAUGGAUGACAUCAAGCUGUACGCCAAGAGUGAGCGAGACAUCGACUCACUGAUCCACACCACCAGCAUCUACAGCUCGGACAUUGGGAUGUCAUUCGGGCUCGAGAAAUGUGGGAGGAUGGUGACAAAGAGAGGCAAGGUAAUCCACACAGAAGGGGUCUCACUCCCAGAAGGAACAAUAGCAGACAUUGAGGACAAUUACAAGUACCUUGGAAUACCACAGGCAAACGGCAACCUUGAACAGGCAACAAGGAAUGCGGCAACAUCCAAAUACCUCCUACGAGUAAGGCAAGUCCUAAGAAGCCAGCUCAAUGGCAAGAACAAAUCCCGGGCAAUAAACACAGAGGCACUCAUCCUGGCUGCACAGGAGCAAGCCUUGAGCACCAGACCCAUAGAGGCCCGGAUCUACCACACUAGACAAGACCCAAGGUGUAGACUGUGCAAAGAGGCACCUGAGUCGAUCCAGCACAUAACUGCAGGGUGUAAGAUGCUGGCAGGGAAAGCAUACAUGAAACGCCAUAACCAAGUGGCUGGCAUAGUAUACAGGAACAUCUGCGCAGAGUAUGGACUGGAAACCCCAAGGUCAAAGUGGGAAACACCAGAAUAGUAAUGGCGAACCAACCAGACAUUGUGGUGGUGGACAAAGAGCAGAGGAAAGCCGUAGUGGUGGAAGUGGCAAUACCAAGCGAUGGCAACAUCAGGAAAAAGGAACAUGAGAAACUAGAGAAAUACCAAGGGCUCAGAGAAGAACUGGAGAAGGCUUGGAAGGUGAAGGCCACGGUGGUGCCUGUGGUGAUCGGAGCACUGGGGGCAGUGACCCCCAAACUGGAGGAGUGGCUACAACAGAUCCCUGGAAAAACAUCCGACAUCUCAGUCCAGAAAAGUGCAGUCCUAGGAACAGCAAGGAUACUGCGCAGAACCCUCAAGCUUCCUGGCCUCUGGUAGAGGAUCCGAGCUUGGAAAGUGGAUGAGACCACACGGGAGGAUUUCCUAAGACAAUAAAUCUGGAGGAUGGAACAAAAUGUGUUACUUAAACCAGAGUGAGCCAGGAGAGACCAGAGAGAUGGAGAAGAAAUAGAACAACAGUGUCAUCCUUCCUUCAUCAUCUAAUUAAUAAAUUAGAGUGGAAGAACUCAUAUCAGUUUAGUUUAGUAAGUAUAUAUAAAGUGGUUACUGCUAUUAUUGUUAUUUCUAACUUGAUUGUUAAAUUUAUGUUUUUUAUUCUUUUAUUUUGGUUAUAGAUUCCCUGU